AUGUUGAAGCUGACCAUCGCAACGCCGGACAAGAGGAAGGUGGAGCUUGAAUGUGAAGCUUCGACGACAUUUGCGGAGGUGAAGCAGCGUGUCGAGGCCGCAACAUCUGUACCUCCUGACAAGCAGCGGUUGCUGUGCAAUGGUCGAGAGAGGAAGGAUGGCAAGGAGACGCUGGCUGCUGCUGGCAUCAGUGCCAAGACCAAGAUGAUGCUGAUGCUAGCACCUGGGUACACGAUGCCCGAAGCGCCUGCUGCGCCGGCAGCUACUGUGGCGGAAGCGCCCAGUGGGCAGGCGGCUGAAGAAGAGGCCCAAGACCCAAUCGAGCUGGAGGGGACCAUCCCAGGAGCACCAGAUCAGGCAGAGGAGGUGAAGCCCGGAUCGGUGCUUAUCCGGCAGGGGUCCAAUCGCUACCGAAUUCGCGUGAACAAAGGUCUACACAAGGUGACCUUUGGGGAGAUCGCUGACUACCUUGCAGCACAAAUGCUGCCGCCGGGAAUACCCCCGUCUGAGCUGCGUCUUAUCUCGAAAGGCAAGACGGCCAGUCGGGAUGAUGUGCUGGAUCAAAGUGACAGUGGGAAAGAGCUGACUGUAAUGUUGCUCUUCCGGGAGGGCUUCCACCUUGCCACCGAGGGUGCUCGGUGGAUGAACGAACAAGCUGAAGAGCUUUCCAAGGCAGAAGCCAAGAUCCUGUCUUUAGCCAAGAGGGUUGAGGCGAACUUCUGCGAUGCGGAGACUUCUCUACAGCUGGCCGAGGUCGCUGGAUUCGUCGAGACGCUGCUGCAGAGUGUCGAUAGCGUCAGGGUCAAUGCCACCAGACUGCCAGCCAUGGAGGGGCUUCGAGAGCGUGCGAGGAAAGCAGACGAACGCUUGCAAGUGCUGAGGAAAUCAGUGCGUUUCUGA